GAAAGCUCUCCUCAAUCUCGCAUUUCACCGUCCGCCUCGACACACCGCAAUUCUUCUUCCUUCCCCUCUUCCUCAUCACAGAAGAUAUAGAAGAAGCGACUCAUAUCUUACGCAUCUCUUCUCAACCUCAUUUCCACAACCCCUUAAGCCAGUUCACAAGAGAAUGACCAAGGAGACCACCCCUCCUCCCCCCGCCGAAACCACCACCACCUCCACCACAACUACCACCGCGGCGGCCCACGAACCUCCCUCCGCUCCCUCCUCUCCCCUCGCCAAGCGCACAAAACCCAACAACACCACCGAAGAACAACCCCAGCAAAUAUCCAACAUGGGCUCCACCGCUAACCCUCUCCCUGCCCUCCUCGUCCAGAAGCUCACCCCCUCGGGUCGCGCCCCGACUCGCGGCUCCGCCUUCGCCGCCGGCUACGACCUCUACAGCGCCAAGGACACCGUCAUCCCCUCCAAGGGCAAGGCCCUCGUCGACACGGGAAUCGCCAUUGCUGUGCCCGAGGGAACCUACGGCCGCAUUGCUCCCCGCAGUGGUCUCGCUUCGAAGCACUUCAUCGACACCGGCGCGGGCGUCAUUGAUGCCGACUACCGCGGCGAGGUCAAGGUGUUGUUGUUCAACUUCUCCGAUGUGGAUUUCGAGAUCAAGGAGGGUGACCGUGUGGCACAGUUGGUUUUGGAGCGGAUCUACACGCCUGAGGUGACUGUCGUGGAGAAGUUGGAGGAGAGUGUUCGUGGAGCUGGUGGUUUCGGUAGUACCGGUACGAACUAAAUAGAAUUUAUUCAUAUGAAUUGAUGUGAUGAUGAUGAUGUUGGGAAGAUCAAAAGAUCGUUCUGUAUAUGCCUGGCAAUAUUUGGAGCAGAAGCAGGA